AGGCGCGUUCGGCGGUGCGGGGAAGACACUUGGAGAAAACUUUUGCGUCCGAGCCGUGCUGCAGGAUUUUUCAUUCCGAAAUCUUGGCUGGAUGGAGAAGGAGGCUGUGAGGAAGAGGAAGAUGCCCCAGGACACCCAGGCAGACAAGGAGCUGAGGAUGGAGACCAGGGAGGACAAAUCCCCACAGCAGAACCUCGUGGAAGAGGUCGUUUUGAGCAGUUCCAGGGCACAGGAAUCCAACGGGGAGGAAAAGCUUCAGAGAUCCCGCAGGAGGAGGGGCUCCAAACCCAUCCCAGGGUGCUCUGAGGAGGAAAGACCCACCCUGUGCCGGGAAGGUGGCCGGAGAUCCAGCCAGGACUCUGAGCUGGUGGUCCAUGAGCAGCUUCAGGAUGGGGAGAAGCCCUACAAGUGCUUGGAGUGUGGGAAGAGCUUCAGCCAGAGCAACCGCCUGAUCCGCCACCGGAUGAUCCACACUGGGGACUGGCCCUACAAGUGUGGGCAAUGUGGGAAGGGCUUCAGCUGCAGCUCCAACCUCAUCACCCACCAGCGCAUCCACACUGGGGAGAGGCCCUACGAGUGUCCUGAGUGUGGGAAGAGGUUUCAGACCAGCUCAAAUCUCCUCCUGCACCAGCGGAUUCACACUGGGGAGAGGCCCUACGAGUGUGGGAAAUGUGGGAAGAGCUUCAGCCAGAGAUCCCACCUGAUCAUCCACCAGAGGACCCACACUGGGGAACGUCCCUAUGAGUGUGGGGAGUGUGGGAUGACCUUCAGCCAGAGGUCCCAGCUGACCAUCCACCAUCUCAUCCACACUGGGGAGAGGCCCUACGAGUGUGGUGAGUGUGGGAAGAGGUUUCAGACCAGCUCCACUCUCCUUCUGCACCAGCGGAUUCACACGGAUGAGAGGCCCUUUCGCUGCCCCGACUGUGGGGAGGGCUUCAAGCACAACUCCACCCUCAUCAGGCACCAGCGCAUCCACACUGGGGAGAGGCCCUACGACUGUGGGGAAUGUGGGAAGAGCUUCAGCCACAGCAACAGCCUGAUUCUCCACCAGAGGAUCCACACUGGGGAACGUCCCUAUGAGUGUGGGGAGUGUGGGAUGACUUUCAGCCAGAGGUCCCAGCUGACCAUCCACCAGAUGAUCCACACUGGGGAGAGGCCCUACGAGUGUCCCGAGUGUGGGAAGAGGUUUCAGACCAGCUCCACUCUCCUCCUGCACCAGCGGAUUCACACGGAUGUGAGGCCCUUCCGCUGUCCCGAGUGCAGGAAGGGCUUCAAGCGAAACUCCAACCUCAUCACCCACCGGCGCAUCCACACUGGGGAGAGGCCCUACAAGUGUCCCCAGUGUGGGAAGAGCUUCUCCAGGAGCUCUACCUUGACCCAACACCAACAGAGGCACCGGUAAGGGAAGCCCUGCGAGUGCCCCAAGUGCAGGAAGAGCUUCAUGUUCUGCUCCAGCUCCAUCCCCCAUCAGAGGACCCACGUUGGGCAGAGCCCUGAUGACCCACGUUCCCAGUGAUCUGUGUUGGGAACACACUGGGCUGGAGGUCAUUUUAUUUUGGUUUCAGGUAUCUUUUGAUUCAUCUUCAUCCCUUUAAAUCCAACAAAUGGUGGUAAAAGUCAACAAAUUCAUCAAAGGCAUCUAAAACCUCACAUUUUACUAGUGCUUCAAGGCAAUCUUGGAGAUACUUGUGAGUAUUUGAGGGUUGUGGGGUUAUUUGGUGGAGUUGUCUCCAUUUCUUGGCACUCAAAGAGGUGAGAGGGAUCGAUCUGUCACCUCAAAACCACUUAAUGCCACUGAAUCCUACUCAAUCCCUCUCCAAAAUUAUUCAAUUCCACAGCCCCUCAGGGUGUGAUGCCUCAUGUUUUAGCUUUCAUAUCUUUCAUAUUCUGCACUGCCUAGGUUUGUAGUUUUGAACUUCACGUUAAGUGUUAGUGAGCUCUCUUCACAGAGUAGGUAGAAAAAACAAUUCCUUUUCUAGCUUGAUACCAAGGACAAUUGUUAUAAGUUCCAGGCCCAAAAGCAUAAACAAGGGUGGACUGAAGAGAGAAAACAAGAAGGAUGGGACUUCAUCAUCUGAAGCUGUAACUGGACAAUGAACCCAAAUAUGCAGAUGGACCUAAAUUUCUAAAAAUGUGGGACCUCGUGAUGAGUUGUCCAUUUUUAUGACCAUUUUUGGUCCAUCUUGGGUGUAGCCCUGGCCAGGCUCUUGUACUGCCCAAGGUGUAUCUGUAACGUGCUGGUCGUGAGUGAGGAGACAAAAUCCAUGACUCAUGCUCCAGGUGCUCAUCAGACAAAACAGCCUCGUUUAUUAUUCAGAACUCACUUGAAUACCAAAUUCAAAUUUCCCAGGCUAGACAGCCAUUGGCUGAUACUUCCCUCCCUGCCUUGCAUCCUGGCCAGUGGUGUGCAGUGGUUCAGACAUGAAUUAGGCUCACUAAAUUAAAUUUGUGCUAAAAUCUAUGGCUAAAGAGAAUUUACUGCUAAAUUAGAUUUGUGUUAUGUCUAGAUUUACCUUGUCCAGUCCUGACCAGCUGUACUGUGACCAUACUGUGACUAUUUACCCUUUUUGGUUAAAUUAAAAAAUAUAAAAUGCUCUCUGUUACCCUAUCUGCAAGGGCCCUUUGCAGACAUGAUAACAGGGACAGCAUGGGUUUAAUUUGAAUGAAGUUUUCUAGUUAACUUGACACAAUUAAUUCUCUUCAGCUAGCAAUAUGCUUUGUGUACUGAAUUGAGUUUGCAACACUCCCUUCCAGGAGCUGGCAGACAGGAUCACAAUCCUUUAAGCUAACAAGCCACAGGUUAAUUACUUAUAGUUAAAAGUUACAACUUAACAUUAAAAAACAAGAAAGUAUUUUGAACUGAGAUUAUCCUGAACUCUAUAAACAAGAAACAAAAGCCAUUCAACAUUUAGAGCCGUGAGAAAAACCCAACUUAGCAGAAAAACAAUUUGUAAACAAACAGAUUUUAAAUGAACUGUCUUUUCAAGAGUCUGAUUUUCAUGGUGAAUAAGUUGUUCUGGUUACUCUUCUUUAAUCUGCUCCAUCACAUCCGUAGAGGUACUGUCAGGAGGGUGUUGUUUGUGUCCUUUGGCUGUAUGUUUCACUCUUUCACAUUGGUUGCAGCUUGCAUUAUCACUUCUUUGUCCCUGAGCUGUCCCCUGUGGAAUGGGCUUGUGUGGACAGUUUAUUUUCCUGUGGCCUUGUUGUCCACACUUGUAGCAAUGGGGUGUGAGUUUAACAGCAGCUGUAAUAGAAUUGGCUAGCAUAUCCAUGUGAUGAGAUCCAGUCCCAACCUUAGCACAUGCUGUAAUCAUCUCCUCCAGAGAUGGAUUCCCUUGAGGUACUGCAGCUAUAAUUUUUAUAUAGUCUUGGUUUGCAUUAUCUUGUGCCAGUUGUAGCAUUAAUUGACCCCUUGCUUCACUGCAUAUAUAGCUCAUUGGGGUUUUAUCUUCUACUUGAAUAGCUUUGGGUUGGCACUGACAAGUUGGUAAUUCUUGUUAGAGCUCACAUUGCUAAGUCUUUCACUUGUGUUAGAAUUGCAGAGUUCAAGCAAGCCUGGGUUUGGGGAUCUUCUGAUACUGCUGAAUGAUUUAUUGUAUGAACAGCCUUAGCUACUUUGCUUUCUGGGGUCCCACCACACAUUCCUCCCUCUUGUUUUUCAGUAAUUCCUGUUAAAGUGCCAUGUGCUCUUCCCACAAUGGCCUGUUUUAUUGUUAUUUGAGGAACGCCAGUGUGGUGUGUUACACUCCAGGGCUGCAGGAAAUGUUUUGUUUUCUGUGAGAUGUGUGUUGUUUUGAUGCUAUGAGGGAUGCUCAAAACAGCAAAGGCUGACUGCCAGUGUGCAAUGGCAUCCCGACCCUUUUCUCUUGGGUGUUUUAUAGCACAUAUUGCUGAUGAAAAGGUAUCUGUGGAUAAAUGUACAUAUUUAAAAUGUCUAAAUUCAGGGAUGUGUGUGACAUGGGUUUAGCAGAUUUGUAAGGCACGCAGUCCACAAGGGUUUGCUCCCGUCUGCAGUGGUGCAGUGUGGCCCUGGUGUCCUGAUGGGACACUUGUGGAUGGGUUCUUUUUCCCCCUUGGACUGAAGAUUGAUGAGAGAGAGGCAGUUUUCUCUUGUUUGGACUUGGUUGUUUAUUCUUCUUUUAUCUCCAUUACAUGUAUACAGGGUACAAGGAGCCACAAGCAGCUAUGUGCACUAAGAUAGAAAAGUGCAAAAUGACUAACAAAGAUCUUCUUCAAGGUUUUUUAUAUGUUCAUUUACCCAAUUAACAAAUGCCAAGGAGAUAUUUUUUCUUAGUGACCCAAUGACCCAACACCUGUGUGCUGCACUGCAGCAUUCUCUAUCCAAUCACCUACUACUACCCAAAAACCUCUAGAAGAAGAAGAUGAAGAAGAAAGAAGGACAAGAGACAACACCCUGAAUCCUCCAUCUUGUCCUCUAUUUUCUAAAAAAGUUUAAACUCCAAACCUGAACUUUUUCACGCAAUGACAUAAGAAAUCUCUCUAAUCUACACACUUACCCUCCUGGUUUUUCUAUUUAACAGUUGUUUUCACAGUGUUAUAUGAAAUUCAGAGUUUUCUUGGAUGUCAGAGCCAGGCAUCAGAGAUAAGUGCACACUCUCAGUGCCUGUGAUUACAACAGUAAACCAAGUUGAAUAUUGUUAAGUGUUAUUCCACUGUUAAAUCCUGAAGUCAUAUGUUAUAAGUCAGCUUAAAUACUGUUAAGUGCUUUUGCUAAAUUGUGAUGUUUGUGGUAUAAAUUAAGGCAUAAGUGAAGUCCUGUUAAGUUUGAUCUCUGUUAAGCUCAAACACACACACACACACACACAGAGGGACGGUUCUGGGUUCAUUUCUGGUUGGAUUGCCUGGAUUUUGUUUGGUUUUGUUGUUGCUUUGUUUCCUUGCUGUGCCUGAAGUGUCCAGUCAGGAGCAGAGUGACUCUUGCCAAGGAACUUUGUGCUGCUGGUGCUUAAUAUUAAAUCUGGUUUUUGCUGCUCCCUUGCUGGGGAUUUUUAAGCGCUCUCAAGCCCUCGUUGGUGACAGGGUGAAGGAGCCCUGGCCCAGGCUCUGGCCCUGGGGGACAUGGGGAUGCUGCUGGGGGGUCCCUGUCCCCCUGUCCCAUGCCCCACAGACCUUGGGAUGUCCCACAGCCAUUCUGUGAUGUCCCAGUCUGGACUGUGAUGUCCCAGCCCCUCUGAGAUGGCAGAACCCACUCUCUGAUGUCACAGCCUUCUCUCUGACAUCACACACUCUUCUCUCUGAUGUCACACAGCUGCUCUGUGAUGUCACAAUCUGCUGUCUGAUGUCACAGAGCCGCCCUCUGGGAUUGUGGUGUCUGCUCUCUGACCUCACAGCCCACUCAGUAAUGUCACAGCCCACCCUGUGGUGGCUCUGUGAUGUCAUACAGAAACUCUGUGAUGUCACAACCCACUCUGUGAUGUCAUGCAUUCAACCUCUGAUGUCAUAGUCCUCUCUGUGAUGUCACAGCCCACUAAGUGAUAUCACCCAUCCCACACUGUGACAUCACACCCUGAUUUCUGAUGUCACAGAAUCCCCUCUAUGAUGCCAUAGCUGCUCAGUGACCUCACACAACAAACUCUGUCAUGUCACAGCCCCAUCUGUGACCUCACACAACCCACUCUGAGCUGUCACACAGCCCCUUUCUGAUAUCACAGCUGCUCUGGGGCUCCAGGACACAGCCACAGAGGUGCUGCUGUGACACAGCCCCCUCUGGCACAUCCCCCAGCCCCUGCCA